AUGGCUCUGGUAACUGUCGCGGCGGCCACGCUGCCCAGCAUCCCGCUCGACUUUCUCGGGAACAAGGAGCGCAUUCUAGAGUCGAUCCGGAUCGCCAAGGACAAGGGUGCCACGCUGAGGACCGGUCCUGAGCUGGAGAUUCCUGGUUACUGUGCUCUCGAUCACCACCUCGAAGGCGACACCUUUUUGCACUCUUGGGAGGUGCUUGCCGAUAUCAUUUCAGAUGAGGUUUGCAAGGGAAUGCUUAUUGAUCUUGGUCUUGGAGUGCGCCAUCGCAAUGUUCGAUACAACUCUCGCGUGCUCUGCACGUAUCGCAAGAUCUUUUGCAUCAGGCCAAAGACUGCACUUGCCAAUGACGGUCUGUAUCGCGAGGCCCGUCAUUUCACUGCCUGGAGCAAGCCGCGACAGGUCGAGACCUACUAUCUCGAUGGCCCUGUACGAAAGGUGACUGGCCAGUCGUCAGUACCUAUCGGCGAUAUGAUCCUAUCUACACCGGAUACUGCCGUAACCUGCGAGUCUUGUGAGGAGAUGUUUGUUCCUCUGAACCCGUCCACUUUCGCCGGCCUCAACGGUGCCGAGAUCAUUCUCAACUCUAGUGCCUCUCAUGCCGAGCUCCGAAAACUGCGAACUCGACUUGAGCUUAUCGCCAACUCUACCAGAAAGCUGGGUGGAAUCUAUGUCUAUGCCAACGCGACAGGUGUUGACGGUGAUGCUCGCAUGAUGCACGACGGAAGCAGCAUGGUUAUUCAGAACGGCGAAGUUUUCGCUCAAGGAAGUCAGUUCUCCCUCGCAUCUGUCGAGGUUACUGUGGCUACUGUCGACAUCGAAAAAGUACGCAGCUUCCGCAGCAGCAUCAGCCGAAAUGUGCAGGCUGCUGCACAGCCCGAGUUCCCUCGAGUCGAGUGUGACAUCGUCCUGUCGCGGCCUGCUGAGGAAAUCUGGUUGUCCAACCGACCAGAGAUUUCUCCCGCUAUCCAGCUUAAGAUUCUCGACCCUAUGGAGGAGAUUUACAUGUCCACAGCCGUUUAUCUGUGGCAGUACCUGACACGAACAAACUCCCCUGGCUUCUUCUUGCCACUGUCUGGUGGUCUUGACAGCUCGAGCGUGGCGCUGUUCGUUUACGGCAUGGCUCGCCUUGUCAUGGUUUCGAUCAAGGCUGGCGAGAACAUCACGCUCGAGGCCCUGAGACGGGUUACGGGUGAUAAGGAGUUUACUCCCACUACACCCCAGGAGAUUGUUGGCCGCCUUCUCCAUACGUGUUAUAUGGGGACGGUCAACUCGUCUGAGGAGACCGAAGGAAGGGCCAAGAAGCUCGCAGAGGUUCUUGGCUCUUACCAUUCGACUAUCAAGAUCGACGAGACCGUGGCUGCCAACGAGCUCAUGGUCGAAAAGGCGCUCAGCUUUAAGCCCAAGUACCAGGUUGAGGGUGGUACUCGGGCUGAGAACCUUGCCAAGCAGAACAUCCAGGCUCGUAGCCGUAUGGUGAUUGCUUAUUCGUUGGCUCAGCUGUCGACCACUGCCAGAGCUCUCCCUAGAGCCGGAGCAGCUCUUCUUGUCUUGGGAUCUGGCAAUGUCGAUGAGAACCUGCGUGGAUACUUUACUAAAUAUGAUGCUAGCUCGGCAGAUCUUGCACCCCUUGGCAGUAUUUCCAAGAAUGAUGCCAAGGACUUCCAGCGAUGGGCCCGAGUCAACUGGGACCUCUCGAUUCUCACCGAUUUCAUCGAGGCGACACCUACUGCUGAGCUGCUACCGCUCUCUGCAGGCGUGCAGGAUGACGAGUCGGAGCAAGAGAUGGGUAUGACGUACGAGGAGCUGUCUGUCUUUGGAAUCCUGAGAAAGGUUGACAAGCUUGGACCGUGGUCCGCUUACCUGCGACUCCUGAGCGAUUGGAGCCACCGUCCUGGCUAUGGCCCCAGACAGAUUGCGGAGAAAGUGUUUAGAUUCUACAGAUUCUACGCCAUCAACCGCCACAAGUCGACCAUCAUCACACCCAGCAUUCACCUCUGCCCUUACAACCCCGAUGACAACCGACAUGACCUGCGACCCUUCUUGUAUGUGGUUGACUGGCCUUGGCAGUUUGGCAAGAUUAGGGCGCACGUGGAGCAGCUGGAGGCGAAGUUGGCAGAGAAGGAUGUAGAUUAG